GCCUACACAUUUGAUCUUUUCAUUGCUAUUUAGAUAUGUUUCAAAUUAAAUAGAAAUUCUAUUGGGAUCCAUUAAUAUUUAUUUCGUAAGUGUUUGAUAAUGUUUAAGUUUCAGUAAAGUGGUUUUUGAGAGCUAUUUAUAUCUUUUUUUCCAGCCAUCCAUGUUCAUCAAGUACCCUGUUAGAAUUUUUCAAAAAGUACUAGAGGACAUGACUCAUGAUGCCUUUGAGUGGCUUUGUUCAGCUUGAGGCGACAAAGCCCAUAUUGUGUUUAAAUGGAACAUCCCGUGCUCAGGAGCACCAAAUUUUAACGGUCGCCUCGUUAAUCACGUGGCUAGUAGGCAGGUGGAGGUGAUGUGUUGCCAGGUAGAUUAGAAAUAAGUCAAGGUAAUGUUAUAGUGAUGCAAGAGGGGAAAUUCACCAAACGACUACCUUGAGUUAUGAGCCAUAAUGUGUUCGAUAGUUUGUUUUAGAUUUUUAAAAAAAUUCAAAUCCUUUACGCAAUGCAUAUUGGAACAAAACCACUGCAGCAUCACAUGUAGACACACAAUAACAAAACUCAAUCAUAUAUUCUUCAUCCUCUGUGAAGAAAAAAACAAGGUGUGCAUACCAUAAGGGGCAACAGGAUUUCCUUUAAAAGAAUUACAAUCCAAAUAACAUUAAAUAAAACAAUGAAACUAUGUAGUGAAAAAAGGUGGUGCACGCUGAUAUAUUUUUUUUACAUAGAAGAAACUUGCAUAUGUAGGGUUUCUUCAUUCAUCUUAUUUAACUAUUCACGCUGAAAUGCCUUCAACCUGCGCCAUCACUUAAAACACAUCCACCAGCUCCCACCCAUCCUGUUUACCUGUUGCUCUCAAUGGGAGUCAUGGAAACAGCAUAGCCAAUAGGCUGGAGCCGUCGACUGCUCUUCAAGUCCUCAGCAGAGGAGGCGGGAAGCUGCCUUUUUCAUUGUUUGCAUUGUUUGCUUCUUCCGGGAGUUUGGAGACGCCACAAAGAAAUGCUUUCGGCAUGUCCUCCAUCUCACACACGCUCUCGUUAAACACUCAAGCCUCAUUGUUCUUUACCUCAAAGUACAGGUGGCAUGUUAACAUCAUUGCACUUAUAAUGGGGUUGCGUAGUCAUGAGAAUUUAGUUGCAGUUUUCCACGUGAUUGAAAAAAUUAACAAAUUUGAGACUCAAUUUAAAAAAUAAAUAAAUAAAAAAACCUGUUGGAUUUUCAUGUUGAUUAAAACUGAAAUUGGCAUGCUGAUUCCAAAAUUGAACAUUUUUAUAAAACAAGCACAUAUAUUAACAACAGAGGAAAAACUAAGAUUAGUUUUGGAUUCCGUACCUAAAAUUAAUUCAAACCAGCUGUCAGACUUAACUAAAAUAAAAUUCGUAUCCCCAGUGUGAUGCUAGAGUUGUCAACAGCAAUGCUGAUUAUGUGUGUGCGUACACGUUUGUGGAUGUGUGCGUUUAUGCGACAUGGGAAUACAAAGUAGCCACAGGCUUUAAAUCUUGUCGUGGGGUUUUAAUUACAGUAGAUGAAUAAGAGGAUUAAAAAGCGUGGGCAUCCACUUGAAUGAAUCCGUUGAUUACACUUGGAAGACAAACAAAAUGUUUAUUGCCAAUAAAGGCGAUAAGGAGGGGGAUGUGCUGUACUCUUGCAUUUUUUAACAUGCCAGCUAGUUGGUUAGGAAAUUAGGUUGAAGGUUGAGCCUUCCUGCCUUCAGUAUAAGUAUAGUAGCUUCACAAGGCAAGGGAUUAAUGCUGGAGUUCAACCUACUGAUGGAUGUGUCAAUACUGCGCAGUCAUGAUUGUAGCUUGAAAUCAGUUAAUUUGCAGUAUUUGGCCUUGAGCACAUGGACCAGGGGCAGAAUUGAAAGACCGGCCCACUUCAUGGACGGUGUUGGAAGCCAUCCUGCCAGAAACACAGGGAGAUCCACUUUAAUAUUCACAAAUCUAAAUCAAAGAAUUUAUUCAGAAUUGUGGAUUUACAGUUUCACAAAAAUGAGAGAUGUAACUUUAACCAGAUCAAAGUCCACAUGUUGGGCUUUUAAUUCAGAAUUUGCAGUAUAUUUGUACGGUAAAAAUGUUUUGUUUUGAGUAUGUUAGUAGUCAGAGUUCUACUAAUAUUCACCAAGCUUGGCUUGAACUUGAGAAGGAGCAAGAAAGGCUACGGCAGAGGGUCGUAAAUCGGGUCUUCCUUGAUGGCGCAGGUCUGACGCGGAAGCAUAACUCUGCCUCUAUUCAGAAUUGUGGAUUUACAGUACCACAUAAAUGAGAACUGUAACCUGGUUAAAGUUUGCAUGCAGGACUUUUAAUUCCUUUUUCUAAAUAUUGGUACAGUAAAAAUGCAUAGUUUUGAUUAUGGGGGUUAGUCAGAGAGGUCUACUACUAAUAUUCACCAACCUUGGCCAGAAUUUAUUCAAAAUUGUGGAUUUACAGUACCACAUAAAUGAUAACUGUAACCUGAUUAAAGUUUACAGGCAGGGAUUUUAUUCAUCGUUCCAAAUAUUGGUACAGUAAAAAUAAAUUGUUUAGAGUAUGGGUGUAGUCAGAGAAGUCUACUACUAAUGUUCACCAACCUUGGCUAGAAUUUAUUCAAAAUUGUGGAUUUACGGUACCACAUAAAUGAUAACUGUAACCUGAUUAAAGUUUACAUGCAGGACUUUUAUUCAUUGUUCCAAAUAUUGCUACAGUAAAAAUACGUAGUUUUUAGUAUGGGAGUAGUCAGAGAGGUCCCCUGCUAAUAUUCACCAACCUUGGCCAGAAUUUAUUCAGAAUUGUGGAUUUACAGUACCACAUAAAUGAGAACUGUAACCUGGUUAAAGUUUGCAUGCAAGACUUUUAAUUCCUAUUUCUAAAUAUUGGUACAGUAAAAUUGCAUAGUUUUGAGUAUUGGUGUAGUCAGAAAGGUCUACUACUAUUAUUAUUCACCAACCUUUGCCAGAAUGUAUUCCAAAUUUUGGAUUUACAGUACCACAUAAAUGAGAACUUUAACCUGACUAAAGUUUACUUACAGGACUUUUAUUAUUGUUUCCAAAUAUUGGUACAGUAAAAAUCCAUGGUUUUGAGUAUGGGAGUAGUCAGAGAGGUCCCCUACUAAUAUUCACCAACCUUGGCUAGAAUUUAUUCAAAUUUGUGGAUUUACAGUACCACAUAAAUAAGAACUGUAACUUAAUUAAAGUUUACAUGGAUGACUUUUAUUCAUUUUUCCAAAUAUUAGUCCGGUAAAAAUGCAUACUUUUGAGUAUGGGAGUUGUCAGAGAGGUCCACUACUAACCUACCAUCUACUAAAAUGACCCGUUGCUCAGCGGAACCGUAUACUUUUGUACUGACAUGACACUGCACGUAACGCACAUCUAGAUGGAGCGGUUUUAAGAUCAGGCGAGUAUAUUUCAUUUUUAAAGGAUGACAAUGGUGGCAUUAUACAGUAUAUUUUAGAGUGUUGAGAGUGUUUUUAAGAUUUGGGAACAACGCGAGCACGAGGAAUUUAAAGCAACGGUAGGUAACUUCAAACUUUAUCAAAUAUUUUCAUAACAUUUGUAAUAAUAUGUCGACCGACAACUAGUUGAAUGACACCUCUUUUAUAUCUUAUAGCUUGAGUUAUGCUAGGCAAUAGUAGAUUUUGAUCAAAUAAAAUAAAACAAAAAGUUCUCAGGGCAAAAUACACAUGGGCCACUUUUUAGGUUUAAAGCAACACUAGGUAACUUUUCAACUUUUAUACAAUAUUUUCAUAAAAUUUGUGAUAAUAUGUCAACUGACUAGUUGAAUUACGCCUCUUUUAUAUCUUGAGGGGUUCUGUAUUGCUUUCACCGGCACUGAUUAACUCUAAGGAGGGUGGAAGGAACCCUGCCACACAAAACUACAAACGUGCUGACUGCUUUAAUCCAUAUGUCACUUCCCCCAUUCCCCAUUCAUCAUAAAGACGGAAGUCGAUAUGAAUGCUUGAGUGCAAAUGCUGCAACGAUGGCAGAGCAACAAAGGAGACAAAAAGUUGUGUCUGGGAAAAAAACAAAGGCUACCAGGAUAUACAGAAUAAACAUUGGCUUUCACUCGCUGGCGUGACAUCCCCCCUCCCCACACUUACCCGUUUGCCGUGGUAAGUCACACGGCUGCUAACCAUCAUAUGCUAUUGUAUAGCCACAACUGGAUUCAUUACAUUAUUACUAUUCGUCCUUCACACAACCGCUGGAAACAGAAAUGUUGCUUAAUCCAUCUGCAGGCGACCGGGAGAUUCCUUCAUUGAGGAUUUUACGACACUGUUCGGGUGUGCGCUGGUCCACAUGGAAACACAGCGCUGGUCCUAAUGGGAAACACAGCCCUCAUUUAGAUGAAACAAUACCGCUUUUGUCCACUAGCGUCGCUAAAAUCGAUCAAAACUGAAAAGCUACUAAGUGUUGCUGUCUUGUCGCUCACUGCAUUUACUGUAAUGCUUGGAUUACAUGGGUGCGCUAAUAUUAGGGUCAGCUCAUUUGACCAUGGCAUCCCGGUAUCUCUGUAUGCCAGUCCGCCUUUGACAGCAGCAAACUAGAAGUGGUGCCUUAAAUUUAGAAACGUUUUAUUAAAAAAGAGACCAGCACUUUCAGAAUAUACAUAUUCUCAAAUACAACAAAAGCACAAGGAUUUUGAAUGCGGAUUUGAUAGCCGUUCAAUGAAAAGACAUGCAAAAAAAAAAAAAAAAAAAAUCAUCGCUUUGCAUUUGUUUGCAUUGCACAAAUAAUGUAUCUUAUGAUUUCCAACAGAAAAAAACCUGGGGCUUACAGAAAAAACUUAAGGUAGGAUUUGGAUUCAUCACCCCAUAAUUACUAUGUGAGAACAAGUGUUUGCAUAAUUGCAACUAGGCAUUUGCCGCUAUGAUAUUCUGACGGUAUGAUAACCUUCAACCAAAAUAUCAGUUUCACAGUAUUGCAAUUACAGCUCUAAAAUGUGUUACUUUGAUAUAUUUGGGUUUAAAAUAAAACAAACAAGUUUUUGCCAUUUUUAGAAUAUAUUACAAAAUUGGAAAGUAAGUGUAAUAUUAAGUUAAAAUAAAUUUUUUAAAAAAUAAGUAAAAAUAACUGAAAUAUCUAAAGAAAAUUACAAUAAGUGCAGUCCUUUAGGUAAGCCUAAACCCACAGCCACAGCUCAACAUUAUUUACCAUUAGAACAAAAUAAUUUUCCAUGAAAAGCACAUGUGUAUGACUCGUAUCAUGUUUACAUUUUGCACACACUCUUUCUCAACGCACGUUUUACCACUGCUAGACACACUAAACACACCGGAGUUAACUCUCGUAGCUGGUGGGAAACAUCCAUGACAGUGUUUACUAACCUUUAAUUUUGUAUAAAUGUGAAAUCAUAUUGGAGGUAUUGCCUCCUUGGCAGCCACUCUCCACAAACAUGUUUCACAUGUCGGUUGGUCCUCCUCAUCUAAGCCGCGGCCAUCUUCGACUUUUCUGUAGCCGAAGUAUUCCCAUACCAGCGAUUUAGUUUUCUUCGAUGGGGGGAAAAGAGUUCAGGAGUUUCACUUCCUCCAGCCAUCGUGUAGCACAGAUGACUCACUGACACUGAGCAACAAUCGUUGGGGGAGGGUUGAGCCUUGUAGCUGCAAGCGAGAUAUUUCUCCAUGCAUUUUUAGGACAUAAAAAAAUAGCUAAUACCUUGGAGACGGUAUGACGGAAAAUUUUUGCGGCUUUAAAACCUUGAUGUUUUCAUACCAUGGUAUAACUUGAAACCGGUAAUCGGCACAUGUCUAAUUGCAACAAAUGUUUAUGUAAAAUGUUAAUUGGUUGGUGUAGCAUCAUAGAUGUCACAUAUAAGAUAUGUCACAUCUUAAGUGAAUCGGGGGGAAAAGUGAGUAAAUAAAUCAGUAACUUCUAUUGGCAUCCAAUCUAUUUGUAAUGGGAGAGCCCAGUUCAAAUGGAUUGGACGUCUAUUGCCGUCAGUGGCACUAAAACGUGAUCAGUUACUAGCAGCCCUCCCAGCUUCUUUUUAACUUUCUGUCCUGAGGUAGAUUUUUUUGGGCAAAUUGACAUGAAAUCUUCCCUGUCAGGUGUUUUUCAGUCCUUUGGCAUGCUUCAUCUUCCUCUUCAACAUCAGGCCUUGUACUUCCUCCUCAUCCUCACUCUCUCGAUUCUUCUACUCAGCUGCUUCUGCCCCUCCUCUAUGCAGGUUUACACACACACACACUGCUUGCAUGUGUGUGAGAUAUGAAAGCCACUCAUCAAGCCCAGCUUCUCCUCAAACAUCUCUAUCGCAUCACUCGGUCCUUCCCCUCCCUUGCUCUCUCGCCUUCCUCCCGCUCGCUCGGUCACAGUGGUUGCGUCGCCAUGCGCUUUCCCGGCCCGGUGAACAGGUGUCGGACAGUGGCGCGCAUGCAUCGGGUGCCGAGCAUGACAUCUCUGCGGCGUGCGGAGAUGCUCCAGCAGACCUCUCGGGAGUUGCCUUAGAUCUUCUUCACUUGUCUUUCGCCUGUCAGACAGUAAGCUCUCCCGUUUGGCUCAGAGGUGGAACCAGCGCGCAGCAGCCGGAGAUGCUCUGAUUAAGGACCUUAAGCCCCUGUUUUACACAGGAAUCCCUCACUCCUCGCUAAGCCUGGACAGACGCCUCCCGGCUGUUAUGACCAAGCAGAUGCAGAACUUGCAGUUGUCACAAGCCAAGAAGGUCCCGGGAGGACCGGCCUCCCCCAAUGCCGCCAAGCGCCUUUACCGGAAUCUGUCAGAGAAACUGCGAGGAAGCACGUCGUCUUUUGAGGACGCCUACUUCUUUGGGAAGACCGAUCGCCUUCGCAAGGCCUCAACGAUGCAGGGCAGCGACUGCCUGUUUGAGGCGGUGGAGCAGCAGGACCUGGACACGGUGCAGAUCCUUCUGUGCCAGUUGUCGGCCGAGGAGCUGGACCUGAACACGCCCAACAGCCAAGGCCUGACGCCGCUCGACAUCGCCAUCAUGACCAACAACACGCCCAUCGCUAAAUUGCUGCUCAAGGCCGGCGGGAAGGAGGGCCCGCAUUUCGUAACCACGGAGAGUCGUGAGGCACACCUGGUCGCACUGGUAGCUGAGGCGGAGCAGCGUGCCGCAGAUCUGUGCGCGCGGGCGCAGAGAGACGGCCUGUCGCUGGAGGCCUGCCACAAGGACAAGCAACUGAGGGCCUGGGAGUGGAGGUGCAAGCUGUACAAGCGCAUGAAGAGUGGAUUUCAGCAAGCACGUACCCCAGAGGCUCCCACGCUGGUCCGUCUGAGCGUGAGCAGUAGCUCCACGCUUACCGUCACAUUUCAAGAACCACACAAUCUCAACUCUACCGUCGUGACCAAGUACAGAGUGGAGUGGAGCUGCUUGAAGGAUUUCUCACUGCUCGCUGGAGAGAUGCUUCUGGAGAACCUGCAGACCCUCAGAUGCACCAUCAGUAACCUCACAACGGGUCGUCUGUACUAUGUGCGAGUGUCGGCCUACAAUAUGAAGGGUUGGGGCCCCCCCGCAUGCUCCUUGCCGCCGUCUGCUGCUCCUUCCAAUUGGCGAGAAUGUGACGGGCGAGAGCCCAGGAGGCGCAGCCACGUCGAGGGUAUGGAGCGCCUGCUGCAGCAAGUCAGGGCAACGCAUUCGCACUACUGCUGCGGAGACUCUUCCAAGCUGCAGAACACCAGCAGAAAGCAGUCUGUCUCCAGAAGCCUCAAACAUCUUUUCAACUCCUCCAACAAGUUUGUGAAGACACUGAAAAGAGGGAUCUACUUGGCAGCCGUGUUCUACCACAAGGACAGUUUACUGGUGACGGCCGAGGACAUGAUCCCCAUCGUUGAGGUGGACGACUCCUACAGCAGCUCCCUCAUGCAGGACUUCUUGUGGUUCACUAAGUUGUCCUGCAUGUGGGAGGACAUCCGGUGGCUGCGUCAAAGCACGUCGGUGUCCAUGUCGUCGUCUUCCACGCUGCAGGCGCGCCACAAAAUGUUAAGCGCCGCAGGGCAACUGCAGAGCCUCCUGGGUACGCACAACCUGGGCCGCGUCCAUUACGAGCCCAUCAAGGAUCGCCACGGCAACGUGCUUCUGGUGACCGUCCGUGACGCAGAAAACCAGCACUCGCUCUUCAGCGGGAAGUGGAUGCAGGUGACCAAACUGCAGAGUCAGAGAAAGUCGCUGUCAACUCCCGAGGAGCCCUACGCCCUCGACAUUCUCAUCAUCACCUUACAGGACAUUGUGGCAUACCAGCGGCGCAGCACCCAGCGUCUGGCUCCAGGUCUCUACCUGGGCUACCUGAAGCUCAGCAGCUCCGUGGACCAAAUCAGGGUUCUGGUCUCCCAGAGGACUCCCAACAUGCUGUGUCACUCUCGCGUUCGAGAAAACUCCAAUGUGUCCAAGGAGGAGUGGGAUUGGAUUCGCUCACUGUCUGCAACCGGCGACAAAGACCCCAGCAGCGAGGAGGGCAAGGAGGUUCGACCCAGGCCGGAAAGUCACGCACCGUUGCUCUACUAUGAACUCCAGACGUCUAUCAAGUCUCUGCUUAAGAACCUCAACCUCCCUCUUCACCAGGCCCGUCACUUCCGCCUGUACAGUCAGGAAGUGAUAGAGCUGGGUCACGGCGUCUGCUUCCUGCUGCUGCUACCGGCCGCCGACGAUGUCUGCUCGGCUCCAGGACAGUCCAACCCUUACACGCCGCUGUCGGGAUUUCUGCACCUGCCGCUGCAGAUGUUUGAGCUCGUGCACUUCUCAACCUACAAGGAGAAGUUCAUCAGUUUGUACUGCCGUUUGUCCUCCGUACUGGACCUGGAUGCCCUAAUUACCCAGCAGGCACUGCGGGAGGCCAUCAUGGACGUCGAGGUGGCGAGCGCCAAGCAGAGACAUCAGCUUAUAUUGGACUACAUCCAGCAGCUGGAUGAGACUCGGCGAGACCUCCGCUGGUUGACGGACGCUCUGCAGUACGCCCGCUACAAGCACCCCCGCGGUGGUGUUCCGGUCACCUGUCUCGUGGACGCCAAUGCCCCGGAAAGCGACGGGAACCAGCAGAAGACUGACUCCACCUCGUCUAACAUGGACUACAUACCCUCACCCUCACCGUCGCCAGAAUUGUUCAGGAGGAAGGCCAUAAGCGACUCGCUGCUAGGCUCAGAUGAGGACGGUUCCUCAGAGGUUUUCCUCCCAACAGACAGCGACUACGACUCCAGCGACGCCCUAAGCCCCCGUGAACUGGACCUGCUCUACUCACCCCCCCAGGACCUGUCCCAGCAGGCCAUGCACUCUCUAGGGGGAAGCGCCCCUGACGUGCUUCAGAUCCACGAGCUGAGCUACAGCACCCUCCCUGUGAAGGACCUCCCACUGUCCACACCCUUGAAGGACCCCGCCUCAAAAGAGGGUGUAGCGCCUUUGCUCUCCAAAGAUAUCCCCGCCUUCCCUUUCACACUGCCUCGCUCCCCCUCCUUACCCCGAGCCCUCCCUGCGUCACCAUCCACCCCGUUGUCCCCUCGCUUCUCGGGUGAUCUCCCGCUGUCUCUACCGCUUUGCCCUGCUCUGUGCCGCACUACCAAGACUCUAGAGGGUCUGUCCCUAUCAAGGACCCAACAGGAGGGGGCCGCCCCCCAAUUGAGGACCGUCUCAAACCCUCCUUCUAAGCGCAAGCUGCUCUCCAGGAGCCACCGAGGCCAGUACUUCAGCGGCCCCCAGCGCUGGCUAAAGGGCCACAGCGGGGAAAGCCACACUGGGUCUCUAUCCGAGGGUGUCUACACAAAGCAGCGCGACCCGGACCUGCCGCCGCCUGAGGAGCCGCCACCACUGCCCCCGAUGCAGGGCGCCACUUACAUCAGCCGCACCAAUUGCAUCCCUGAAAGCCGCAAAGGCCGACUAAAGGAACAGAGGCCCCACGUGAGAAGGAUCUUCGCUGACCUCGGCAAGGACCCGGAGAGGGUGGCCGGCUCGCAGGACGAUGACGAGGACCCGGAAGGGGCGGCCGCACAGGAUGUUGACUCAGACGACCAAACCAAUACACAAGUGUCAGAGAUUCUCAGCAGCACGCUUUAAGCUCCCUGACAACCUGUUCGUUGGUACAUGGCAAUUUUAGGUCUGUUUAGCUCAUGAAAUUACAUUUGUUUUUCAUUUUAGCCAAUCAGAAAUCUGCUGAGUUUCCAAGAACAGGUCAUUUUAAGUAUCUGUGUACACUUGAACAUUUUAGACCCAUCUUCCACCAACGCACACCCUGUCCGACAUGUUCUGCUGCUCUUUAAGGUAACCACUUUUCCAUUUUUUCACUUCCUGUCGAUGAACAUGCCUGGUUGGACAGCUCUGAAAAGACACAAACUUUUUUCCUGUAGCCACUUUUCUCUAAAGGGAGUUUUGUUUUUUGCCUUGAAGCCAUCUGUGGGACCUGGGCCAGAUCUUGUAUCAGUACUUUGGACAAUGUUUUGGGCCCAAAAUUAGGUGUUAAGUGUAAUCCCAACUGGAACUAGGGACUGUCCUUCUGUACUCCUGAUGCUUUCAGGACAGGAUACCUGUCCCGAGCAGAACCAGGGACUUUGUUGUCAUCCCCACAACCACCUUGACUCCCGCUGGACAUACAGUGGGGCAAAUAAUUAUUUAGUCAACCACCAAUUGUGCAAGUUCUCCUACUUGAAAAGAUGAGAGAGGCCUGUGAUUGGCAACAUGGGUAAACCUCAACUAUGUGAAACAGAAUGUGGGGAAAAAAAACAGAAAAUCACAUUGUUUGAUUUUUGAAGAAUUUAUUUCCAAAUUAGAGUGGAAAAUAAGUAUUUGGUCACCUACAAACAAGCAAGAUUUCUGGCAAUCAAAGAGGUCUAACUUCUUCUAACGAGGUCUAACGAAGCUCCACUCGUUACCUGUAUUGAUGGCACCUGUUUUAACUCAUUAUCGGUAUAAAACACACCUGUCCACAAUCACAGUACGUCACACUCCAAACUCCACUAUGGCCAAGACCAAAGAGCUGUCGAAGGACACUAGAGACAAAAUUGUAUACCUGCACCAGCCUGGGAAGAGUAAAUCUGCAAUAGGUAAGACACUUGGUGUAAAGAAAUCAACUGUGGGAGGAAUUAUUAGAAAAUGGAAGACAUACAAGACCACUGAUAAUCUCCCUCCAUCUGGGGCUCCAUGCAAGAUCUCACCCCGUGGCGUCAAAAUGAUAACAAGAAUGGUGAGCAAAAAUCCCAGAACCACACGGGGGGACCUAGUGAAUGACCUACAGAGAGCUGGGACCACAGUAACAAAGGCUACUAUCAGUAACACAUUGCGACUCCAGGGACUCAAAUCCUGCACUGCCAGACGUCUCCCCCUGCUGAAGAAAGUACACGUUCAGGCCCGUCUGUGGUUCGCUAGAGAGCAUUUGGAUGAUCCAGAGCAGGACUGGGUGAAUGUGUUAUGGUCAGAUGAAACCCAAAUAGAACUUUUUGGUAGAAACACAGGUUCUCGUGUUUGGAGGAGAAAGAAUACUGGAUUGCAUCCGAAGAACACUAUACCCACUGUGAAGCAUGGUGGUGGAAACUUCAUGCUUUGGGGCUGUUUUUCUGCAAAGCGACCAGGACGACUGAUCUGUGUAAAGGAAAGAAUGAAUGGGGCCAUGUAUCGAGAGAUUUUGGGUGAAAACCUCCUUCCAUCAGCAAGAGCAUUGAAGAUGAGAGGUGGCUGGGUCUUUCAGCAUGACAAUGAUCCCAAACACACAACCAGGGCAACAAAGGAGUGGCCUCGUAAGAAGCAUGUCAAGGUCCUGGAGUGGCCUAGCCAGUCUCCAGAUCUCAACCCCAUUGAAAAUCUGUGGAGGGAGUUGAAAGUCGGUGUUGCCCAAUGACAGCCCCAAAACAUCAAUGUUCUAGAGGAGAUCUGCAUGGAGGAAUGGGCCAAAAUAACAGCAACAGUGUGUGAAAAGCUUGUGAAGAGUUAUAGAAAACGUUUGGCCUCCGUUAUUGCCAACAAAGGGUACAUAACAAAGUAUUGAGAUGAACUUUUAGUAUUGACCACAUACUUAUUUUCCACCAAAAAUCAAACAAUGUGAUUUCCUGGGUUUAUUUUUUCCACAUUCUGUCUUUCAUGGUUGAGGUUUACCCAUGUUGACAAUUACAGGCCUCUCUAAUAUUUUCAAGUGGGAGAACUUGCACAAGUAGUGGUUGACUAAAUACUUAUUUGCCCCACGGUACCUGCAUCUGCCAGUUCUUGUCCUCCCAAAGUCGCAAGCUCGGCGUUCGCAUGUCUGGCGUCUUUCGUACCUUUUGCGUAGAUCGUAGAAAACAAAAGUUGCUGGUUCAACUUGGCCAAGCCUCGGACCUCCUACCGGCGUCGACUGUUACACAGAUGAUAAUCAAUGCAAGCAGGAACAGGAAAUUUGCACAAUGUCCACCAAAAAAAAAAAAAUCAAUGGAAAUGCCAUGAGAGGUUUAAAUUACAAUGGGUUCUGGAUUACUUGAAGUAAA